AUGAAUUCGAAAUCAUCUAAUGUUUUUCUUAUAUUGUUCUUUACUAUAAAUUGGUUAGUAGCAACGGUUUUUUGCUAUAAACCAAGUUCACGACAAUAUCAAAGUAGUGUUCUUAUUGGCUCCAAGAUUUAUUAUUUUGGGGGUUUGUCACCAAGUGGUUCAAAAAGAAAGAAUGAUGCACUUUAUUUUAAUGUAGAUACUUCUGAAUUUACUGCUGUUGAUGAUAUCCCCGCUUAUAUUCAUCACUCUUCUCCAGUGGUUCAUCCUGAAGACGAAAAUACUUGUUUAUUGAUUGGAGGUGAUUAUACAUCUUCCGAAACAGGAUAUGAUUAUAAGAGUCCAAAUCAAACCUAUAAAUUUGAUACCAAAACUUCCGAGUGGUCCAUAGAAGAAACUUCCAAUGAACCUUCUGUGUUCUCUACGCACUAUUUGACAAGAGGUGUAUCAGAUAAUAAUGGAUUUAUUUAUUUUUUUGCCCACGAGUAUUCUUCAAUUCAUUCUUUUAUUAAACUUGAUAUUAAUGCGAUGUCUUGGUCAAGCUUCAACAACUCUGGAGAUCCUCUUAAAGAAUUCUCUGAAAGAUUUUUAAUAAGACAUAUGAAUGAUCUUUUGUUUUUUGAUAUCAAUUCAUCAAAAUGGUCUACAGCUACUGCACAAGGUGAAGAUAUUGAUGGUCGUUUCGAUCAUACCGCUGUAUUAACGAGUGAUGAACGUCUUAUUAUUUAUGGUGGUAGUUCUAGUUCGGGUUUGGCAAAUGAAGGACCUAAUCCUACUCUAGCAGUAUUAAAGAUAGGAUCUUCAUCUUAUGAAUGGUCUAUUCCAAGUAGCGAUGAUGAAUCUCAUCCACCCCUAACUGGUCAUUCGGCGACUAUUUACGGAGAAAAAAUGUAUAUUGCAUUUGGUAUUGAUCCAUACACCGAAAAUGCUAAAGAUGAAACUAUAUUGGCUUUUAAUGCAAAUGAUUUUUCUCGGAUAGCUCCUAAAAAAUCAAAAUUAAAACUUAUACUUGGAAUUUCUCUUGGUCUUACUGCUGGGUUACUUAUUAUAGGAGGGAUAGGAGGAUACUAUUUCUGUCGAAAACGAAAAAACAGGCAAAAUAAUGAAGAAAUUUUUAUAGAUGAUAAUGAUUUCAUUGACGACCAAGAUAUUGGAGUUUAUCGAAAUCCCUUGGUUACCAGAAAUGAUGUUGAUAAUAAUAAUCCUGGAUAUAAUCCUAGAUAUAAUCCCGGAUAUUCCAACAAUCCCAAUAAUCCUGGAUAUGUCAAUAAUCCUCGUUAUAAUAGUAAUUCUGGCAAUCCUGGAUAUGUCAAUAAUUCUCCCAGAUAUGUCAAUAAUCCUAGUUAUAUUAGUGAUUCUGGAUAUGCCUAUAAUCCUGGAUAUGCCAGUGAUCACUGA